CCGGGUUUUGCUAUUUUAGACAAGCGCCGUAAGCCGCCGCAAGUCUGUCUUGCCUGCCACCGCCAAAUCUCGCUGGCGCCGACGUAUUCCUUUGGCGGACUUCUCCACGGACGCCCGCCCCUUUUACCUGGAGUGACAAAACAAAGCCGAGCCUGUUAGAACGCAGGCCCAGGUCUCUUAGCUCAAUGCUCCGGCAUCCGGCUCGUCGGGAGCACGGUCGGGGCACGGCCGGCCCGGUGCGACUUGGCCUCCCAGCCUGCGUCUCCUGCAUGCAACCUGUUCCCGCGAACCAGACCGUCCUGAACCCCAAGUGGCGUAACGGCCAGCCACCCACUCGAGAGUCUCAAAGGUUUCUAUACUGGUUUGAUAGGGGCAAGGUAGCUGUGAAGGAGGGAAAGUCUCGAAUCGUCCAAAUCCAACAGGCUUGUCGGUUCAAGCGCAGGGGGGAAGACGCGACAUCUAUAAGUAGUCCCAACCGGUCUUUGCUCAUGUUGCAUCGCCAGCUUGGUUCUCCCAUUACACACCACAAGAAGUCAAUACUCAUUCUCUACACCAAAACCCACCAACACAAGACUUCCCGUUCCCCUACAACUACCAAAAUGGCCACCGUCGUUUCCACCCCCGUCCCCGCCGGCGUCGACAAGACCGCCGUCCUCGCCACCAUCCACAACCACGACCUCAUGGUCAAGACCCUCUGCCCGGCUCUCAUCUCCUACAACCUCGAGUCCGGCUCCGCCGGCAUUGGCCAGUCCGCCACCUACUCCGUCACCGAUAAGAAGCCCAUCGGCCAGACCACCUACCAGCUCACCAUCACCAACCUCGAGGACGGUGUCGACACUCUCGUCAACGCCAAGCCCCCCGUCGGCACCCUCAUCAUCACCGGAAAGUGGCGCCUUGUCCAGGAGAGCGCCGGCCUCGUCCUCCGCGAGGAGGUCGACAUCGACGCCAACAUGAUCAUGAAGAAGAUGGCCAAGGGUAACGUCGAGAAGACCCACCCUGAGCAGCACGCUGCUCUCCUUGCCGAGGCCAGCAAGGCAUAAAUCAUGUCGAUUUCUAUACCCCACCGGAUGAGUCUUUCACCUCUAGAAAGCGAGCGGUGUGACCGGCGUUCAUCGGACAUUGGAUCUUCAGAUAAAGAUA